AUGGAGGUGAAUUCCUCUGGUGAGGAAACGGUGGUCAAGGUAAGAAAGCCAUACACAAUAACAAAGCAGCGGGAGCGGUGGACAGAGGCUGAGCACAAACGGUUCCUUGAAGCCUUGAAACUUUAUGGCAGAGCAUGGCAGCGUAUAGAAGAGCAUGUUGGGACAAAGACGGCCGUGCAGAUCAGAAGUCAUGCUCAAAAGUUCUUCACCAAGCUGGAAAAGGAAGCUAUGAACAAUGGUACUUCUCCGGGGCAAGCCCAUGACAUUGACAUACCUCCACCACGGCCUAAAAGAAAGCCUAACAGUCCAUAUCCUCGAAAAAGUGGUCUUAGCUCCGAGACACCAACCAAAGAACUUCCAAAUGACAAGUCAACAAAACCAAAUAUGCCCUUGGGCAAUGGGAAUGUACAAAUGGCAGGCGAUGGAUCUCUUCAGAAAUUUCAAAGGAAGGAGUUGUCUGAAAAAGGAAGUUGCUCGGAAGUUCUUAAUCUCUUCCGUGAUGCCCCAUCUGCAUCAUUUUCUUCAGUUAACAAAAGCUCUUCAAAUCAUGGUGCACCCAGGGGGAUCGAGGGAAGUAAAACAGAAAUCCGAGAUAUGACCAUCAUGGAAAAUAAUUCUCUUAACCCCAACAUGCAAGAGGAUGUAAAGGAGAUCAGUGAUCAGGAAAUGGAAAGGUUUAAUGGUAUCCAAAUCAGCUCUAAAUGUGAACAUUCUCUUGAGGGAUAUUUGGAUCUCUCAAUGCAACAAAUGAAGCUAAAGCCAAAGUCUGUGGAGACAACAUAUGUGGACAAACAAACUGCAAGAGCUUCACACUCGGUAGCAGAGAGAAAUGGGACAGCUAGCAUUCCGGUCACUGCAACUGAAGGAACUCAUUCUGAUCAAACAAGUGAUCAAGUGGGAAUCAAUGGAAGCAUGAACCCAUGCAUCCAUCCAAUGCUUUCUGCAGAUCCAAAAUUUGAUAGCAGUGCCACACCACAGCCUUUUCCUUAUAAUUAUGCUGCCUUUGCUCCAAUGAUGCAGUGCAACUGCAGCCAAGAUACCAUCAGGUCAUUCGUCAACAUGUCAUCCACCUUCUCCAGCAUGCUUGUUUCCACUUUGUUGUCAAACCCUGCCAUCCAUGCAGCUGCCAGGCUCGCAGCAUCAUACUGGCCAGCAGCUGAAGGUAACACACCUAUCGAUCCGAAUCAAGAAAACCCUGCAGAUGGUGUUCAAGGAAGGAACAUAGGCUCUCCUCCAAGCAUGGCUUCUCUUGUAGCAGCUACAGUUGCUGCAGCAUCUGCAUGGUGGGCAACACAAGGUCUUCUCCCUUUCUUCGCUCCACCCAUGGCUUUUCCAUUUGUACCAGCUCCUAGUGCUGCCUAUCCCACAGUUGAUGUUCCACGACCUUCAGAGAAAGACAGAGAUUGCCCAGUUGAAAAUGCACAGAAGGAAUGCCAAGAAGCUCGAAAACAGGGACAGUUUGAAGGUUUAAGAGUUGCUGCUUCUUCAGUGUCUGAUGGGAGUGGAAAAGGCGAGGUGUCUCUCCACACAGAGUUAAAGAUAUCUCCUGUCCAGAAUGAUGAUGCAACACCUACCACAGGAGCUGAUACAAGUGAUGCAUUCAGGAAUAAGAAAAAGCAGGAUCGCUCUUCAUGCGGUUCUAACACACCUUCAAGUAGUGAUGUAGAUGCGGACAAUGUUCCUGAGAAGGAGGACAAUGCUAAUGAGAAGGCGAAGCAAGCCUCCUGCAGCAACUCUUCAGCUGGUGACACUAACCACCGCAGAUUUAGAAGCAGUGGAGGCACAAGUGAUUCAUGGAAGGAAGUUUCCGAAGAGGGUCGUCUGGCUUUCGAUGCGCUGUUCAGUAGAGAAAAGCUUCCGCAAAGCUUUUCUCCCCGACAAGCAGAAGACUCGAAGGAGGUUGCCAAGGAGGAGGAAGAUGAAGUCACCACUGUGGCAGUUGACCUCAACAAGAACGCCACAAGCAUUGACCAUGACCUCGACACAAUGGAUGAGCCAAGGGCUUCCUUUCCCAAUGAAUUGUCGCACCUGAAGCUGAAAUCGCUCCGAACAGGCUUCAAACCAUACAAGAGAUGUUCUGUGGAAGCAAAGGAGAAUAGGGUGCCGGCUAGCGACGAGAAGAGCCAGGGAGGCACCAACGGGGCUGGACGUCGCGGCUCCUGCUCCCCCUCAACCGGCCAUGGAAGCAGAGGCCGCCAGCUUCAUGGAAUCUUUGCUGCAGGUUCAGGAACAGCCACUGCUGCAGGCUCCCCAGGCACAGCGCGUCGAGGCAAGAAGCAACCACCACCACCAAGGCGCAAGAGCGCACGCAUCGUGGCAUUAUCAUGGCCCAAAGGCGACACACGGACCAAAGCCUGCUACGCCCUCAUGAAGCGCCUUGGGAUCGUGCAAGACGACAGACAAUCCUCAGAUGACUUCCUGCUGCGCUACUUCUCCCUCUCUAGGGGACCGCUGACCGCCAUGGUGAUUGAUGACAAUGUGGUAAGGCGCACCUUGAGCCAGCACUUUGUGAAUAACUAUGCUGUCUUGCCGGCCGUCCAAACCAGAGGAGGGAUACUGCUUGCUGUGGCUGAAAGCUUCUUUGCCCUUUCUAAUAUACACCUCACCACACAUGCUAUCACGGCAACGGUCUCCAUGAGAGCUGAUGACACAAAAUGGCAAAUUACGGUGGUAUAUGGGCCGCAGGGGGAUAAUGCAAAGCUCCAAUUUCUACAGGAACUAAAGAACAUUCCAUCUCCGGACCACGGGAGAUGGCUAAUCCUUGGAGACUUCAACUUCAUUUAUCAAGCCGAGGAUAAAAACAACACACACCUCAACAGGAGCUUGAUGGGGUCCUUCAAAGCAGCGAUCGACACCUUGCUCCUAAAGGAGAUUCGUCUGAACGGGCGACGCUUUACCUGGAGCAAUGAGCAAGACACGCCAACUCUCACCAGGAUAGUUAGGCUCUUUUGCACAACUGAAUGGGAGCUGCUAUUCCCAUCUUGCUUCUUACACUCGCUGCCAUCUCUUAUGUCAGACCACACACCUCUUCUCUUACAGGGGGAGAUGCAGCAUCAUCAUAAUGCGUGCUUUCGCUUUGAAAAUUUCUACACAAAAAUGGAGGGGUUCCAGGAGUUAGUUAAUGACAUCUGGAACAAACCCGUGGCGUCGUCACAACCUCUCAAACGGCUACACAUUAAAUUAUCCCGGGUCGCAAAGGGCAUCAAACGGUGGCGAAAAGAGAAAAUAGGUGAUACAAGGCUGCAGCUAGCAAUAGUAAAAAGAAAUCCUUCUACAACUUGA